CCUAGCUAGGAACAUGUGUUAGAGAUAGAGAGGGAGAGGAAAAGAAACCAAAGAGUGGGAGAAGGGCCUUAGGCUCUCUUUUCCUCCAAGGAAAAGAGAGCUCUCUCCCCAUUUAUCUUUUGUAAAUAUACUACAAAAAAAAGAAGAAGAAAGAAGAGAGAAAAAGAAGAUCGAGCCCUUGUGUAUCAUCUUAACAGUUACAUAUCGGGCCAAUUAAGUCUCUUUUGUGAUUCGCAAAGGAUAUGGGAGAAGAGCAAAAGGAAACGGAGAACAAGGAGCAACAGGAGAAGAAAGAAGAGGCGACAGAGGAGAAAAAAGAGGAAGAGAAAAAAGAAGAGGAACCCUCCGAGAUAGUGCUCAAAGUGGACAUGCACUGCGAGGGAUGUGCGAGAAAGGUUGAAAAGUGUCUUCGAAAAUUUGAAGGUGUCGAAGAUGUGAAAGCAGAUAGCAAAUCAAAAAUUGUAGUGAUAAAGGGGAAGACAGUUGAUCCCGUAAAAAUAUGUGAGAGGGUUCAGAAGAAGACCGGCAAAAAGGUUGAGCUGAUUUCACCCCUUCCUAAGCCUCCCGAGGAGGAGAAAAAGGAGGAGAACAAAGAAGCUGAAGAAGAAAAGAAAGAGGAGCCAAAGGCGAUUACCGUCAUCCUAAAAGUUCGGAUGCAUUGCGAGGCAUGCGCUCAAGUUUUACAGAAGCGGAUAAGAAAAAUGGAAGGUGUGGAAUCGGUAGUAACGGACUUGUCGAACGACCAAGUGAUCGUUAAAGGCAUUAUCGACCCUGGAGUACUAGUGGAGAAUGUCUACAGGAGGACAAGGAAACAAGCGUCGAUAGUUCAAGACGAGGAGAAGAAAGAGGAGGAGAAGAAGCCCGAAGAGGAAGAGAAGAAAGAAGAAAACAAAGAGGAAAAGGAGGAAGAAAAGAAAGAAGGCGAAGAAGGCAACGAAGCGAAGAAAUAUGAAUAUUGGCCUUAUAGAGACCAUGUUGAGUAUGCUUACACUCCGCAAGUGUUCAGUGACGAGAAUCCGAAUGCUUGUUCGGUUAUGUAAUAUUAAAGUUUCCAUCAUCCUAAAAUGUAACUCUAUAUAUAUAUAUAUACUAUAUAUAUGCUUGCGAUCAAGUUAUAGAUAUUGUAUAUGUUUAUGCA